AUGGUGCUCUGCUGGAAGUUACAGUUUCUUGUUAUAUAUUCUUUCAUUUUCUUUGAACUCUGUGUAUGCUCAAAAGAGUGUGAUUUAGGCUUCUUCAGAAUUGGGGAGAUGAAAGAGUGUCACCCAUGGAUAACGUGCAAUGAUAUAAAGGACAUGGCUUUAGGCAAUCUUCUUGGCUUUGGUGCUGUGAAGCAGGUUUACCAGUCGUCGUGGAAGGGUCAGGCUGUGGCAUACGUCUACAUUAACAACAGAGAUUUUUUAGAAGAUUUCAGAGCAGGAUUAGAUUUUCUGAAAGGCAUUGGGGCAAAUAAGUUCAUUGUGCAGUUAGUUGGCUUCUGUGAGGAAGCUCAUGUGUACAUUACAGAGUAUCAUCCUUUAGGCAAUGCUGCAAACAUUCAAAAGGUAUUUAGUGAAAGAAAUAUUAUGGGCCUGAAAGAGAGAUUUCAGUUAUGCAUAGACUAUGUUAGUAUACUGGAGUUCUUACACAACAGUCCUUUAGGUACAAGAGUAAUGUGUGAUUCGAAUACACUGAAUAAAACCUUAGAGCAGUAUCUGAUAACUUCCUCCCUAAGCCUAAUUUUAAAUGAUGUCGAUGCCUUACCGCAAGUGGGACGUGAAGGCAUCAUCUGUGGACACAGGGAGAUCAGGGGAGAGUUUGUGGCACCGGAACAGAAGUGGCCACACGAUGGAGAGGAAUUCACGGAGGAGCGAAUGCCUCGUUACAGCGAAAAGGUUGACAUCUGGAAAAUUCCUUCUGUGUGUAAUCACUUUUUAGGGAAGAGUGAGGAGGCGAGAAUAUUCCGAUACCACGUCUUUUCAAUGCACAGACAGUGUCGGGAGAAAACGCCACAGGCUAGGCCAUCAGCAGGGGAGGUUUUACAGUUUUAUGAGGAUCUUUUACAAAGGCAUUUCAAUGAAGGUAUUUACAGUGCAAAAGAAGAAUUAUGA